AUGAAAACCUUUAACUAUGACAACUCAAAGGCAUCAAUCAUGCCCUUAGGUGAAACCAGUGAUGGCUUCUACAGUCGGAGGCCUUACCAAAAGUUUCCAAGGCUUGAUUAUACGCCUGAGCAGUACAUCGAAGAAAUGGCGCUUGAUGUCGAUCUCUCUCGUUACAAGUUACAAAAAAAGUAAUAUCUAAUCAGAAAUGAGAAGGCAAUGCAAGUUAUAGAGCUGCAGCUUGAAGAAAGCAGAGAGUUUUACAAAGGGAGGUAUCUCCUACAGAUUUUACUUGCUAGCCAAGUCAAAUAUCAGAGAGCGUUUCAAUAUGAGAUCAAGGACUGGUGUAUUACUGACUAUUGCUAGUUUUUUGUCAGACUUGACGAACAAGAGCCUGUCAAAUGUAAACUGCUAAUGGUUGAUCUUUAAACUGAGAACCAAUUUCAAGAGAUAUAUCUUAAAGACCCUGCCCCUCAAUUCAGCUGGGAUUUUGAAAGACCAGUAAAAAUAUUGGGUCUGAGAAACGAUGGCUUUAGUACUAAAGUCACUUUUGAAACUGGAGAUAACUAGAUCAUUUUAUCGAAAAUUCUUAAUAAAAACAAUUAACUCUAACUGGAGAAAAACUCAACGAUAUCACUAAUAUUAAAUGAAAAUGGAAUUGUAGAUAUUUAUAAUAAUGGAUUACUAUAAGAGUCAACAGAAUAAUAAUUCAGCGAUAUCGAUUUCAAUUUAGAUAAGUAAGUUUAUGGCAUAGAGAGGUAAACUAACGUCAUUUUCUAAUUUAAUUAAUCAAACGGAUCUGUAAAAAUUGAACAAACUUAGAGGUAAGCUGGCCAAAAUUGGACUGUUUAGUAAUACCUUCACGAAACAAGUGGUACUAGCUUUAGUUAUACAUUCACCUUGGAUAAAAUAUGCAUCUACUAUCUUAACAUCUUGACUCUAAUAGAUAUCACCAACGGCCAACUCAUCAAAUAAAUAGUUUCAGAAAAAGAAAUUGAGAGAGUUAUUGCUAGAGAUUUGGUCUUCUUCGUGUUCUUGAAAACUCAAGAGGUGGAGCAGUAAUCAGCUGAUAAUGGCUAUUUCUUACAUUUAAUUAAGGAAGACUAGCGGACAGGUGAAAUAAAAUUAAGUCCGGUUACUGAUAUUCCUGGCAGACUUAUAUAGUUUUAUCAGGAUCACACAUUCAGUGUCAUUAUCAGUGGGAAUAAAGGAAAUUUGAAGGCUACUUUGCUGCUUCCUAAAAUGAAUAUGUAAUGUGAUGAUAUCACUGCUGCCUUCUAAGAAUUUGAAGUUGGUAAUUUUAAGAUUCUUGAUUAUAACUACAAAAAUGUUGAUGAAACAAAUAAAUUAUUGGUGCAUGAUUUAAAGCUCAAAAGAUUGGUAAUGUUGAGGUUCAACUUCGACAACAAAUUAAUCGAGUCUAUCGUCUACCCCUUCAAAGAUGAUGAAAAAUCACUCCAGUUAACUUAAGAAAUUGUGAGAGUAAUUGAGAUUGAAGAAAGCAACAUUUUAUCAUUUUGGAACAAUUACUCAGAAUACUAAAUAAUGACUCUAAAUAAAAGUACCUUUGAGGUAAGCUAGACAAAUAAAAUUAGAGAUUUGAGCAGCUAUCAAUUUUAUGAGAAUCUCGUUUUCUACUAUGAUGAAAUAUCUCUAGUGUAUAUGAAUACUAAGUCAUUUGUAGAUCUCAAAUACUAAAAAUUUCUUUUGGAUAGAGAGUCUUGCUUGGAUUCGAAUAUCUAAUUUAGUGCUGGGAAAAUGUCUUAUAGAAAGAGGUAGGAUAUUUACAGGAUUAUUCCAUGUCCCUUAUACAAUCAUAUUCAUCCUUUCGGCAAAAAUAUAAAUUUCCACUUCCUAUAUGCCUAUAAGAAAAUAGAGAAUAAGAUCAUAUGUUUGUACCCCCUUAACAAACUUCUAACUUUCAACAGUUACACUGGAUAGUUGAUUCAAAAAAAAGUUAUAGAUGACAGAAUUUUAACAUCUAAUGCUAAUUUUGAACUGGGGAUGCUAUCUAAAAUUAAUGACUAGAAUAUGGUUAGAGUCGUAAGAGAUGUUAAAUACGGGGAUUUUAGCAUGAAAAAUCAGGAUUUAGCUGAGGAGUAUAAGGAUAUGAAGCUUUAUAAGGUUCUCGAAAUAGAAAAUGAAGACAGAGUUAAAAUUAUUCUGUGUUUUCUAUUUCCAUUGAUAUACAACAAUGAUAACUUUAUGAAGUUUAGUGAUGAUUAUGAAAAGCUGGUAUUAAAAGAUACUCUCUAUGAGAAGAUAUCCACAUAUUACGAAAAUAUAUAUACGUAUAAAGAAGUGUCAAAGACAAUAAAGCUCAGCCCUGAUCAAAGGAAUAUUUCAGACGAUUUAAGAUAUUAUGCUUACUUAGAAAUGGAUUCUAUUUAAAUUAGAGAUUUAUUAAGCAACUAAUUGUUCAGAUAGAUUUAAGUUCUUGAGGGAUUAUCAAGAGUUGAAUGGAGAGGAAAUACUUAUUUAGCAUUGAUAGAUAGUAACAAUUUAGAAAAAGUUAUAGAUAUUUAUAAUAAGUAAGAAAACAACAUUAUACAAAUAAAAAACAUCAGCACUUCUGAGUUUGAUAGACAAAUUACAUAAGAGCAUGGUAAUGAAAAAUUUUACGUGAAGCAAAGAUAUAUGAGAUAAAUUGCUUCAUUGUAAGAUAAAUGCAAAUAGAUGUUGAGUCUGCAAUCGUAAGAUAAUUUUCAAAUCAAAAUGGAUAGUGUCAUGAUAUAAUUCAAUUAUACAGUUCAUGCUUCGUUCUUAAAAUACCGAGCACAAGAAGUUAUUGAGCAUAGUUUUUCGCACUAUCAUUGGAAUAUUGUCAAAGAUUAUGAAAACAGCCAGAAUAAUAUAUUUGAGCUCUCUAAUUAUGACUUGCAGGUAUUGCUGUUGACUAUUUUACCAGAUGGAUCUACAUUUCUUCAUAAGAUUGCAAAUAAUAAUCAAGCACUUGAUGAGAUCUAUAAUUGA